GAUCACCGGUCCGCUGUGUCCCUCGAACACAGCGGAUCACGGAAAGAGCCGAAGAUGUUGGCUCGGUCAUGUGAUCAGCUGUGUCCAAUCACCACUGAUCACAUGGCACUGAUGAUCAAUGUGGCCCCAGAAGUGCCACCUGUCAGUGCUCAUCAGUGCCAAUGCCCAUCAGUGCCAGUGCACAUCAGUUCCACAUCAAUGCCACAUAUCAGUGCAUACCAGUGCACAUCAAUGCCACAUAUCAGUGCCUAUCUGAUCUGCCUUUCAAUGUCACCCAUCAGUGCCAGUCAGUGCCACCUAUCAAUGCCAAUCAGUGCCACCUAUCAGUGCUGCCAAUCAGUGCCGCCUAUUAGUGCCAGUCAGUGUCGCCUAUCAGUGCCAGUCAGU